GUGAAUGUCAGUCCGCACAGGGGUUGGGUCCUGGCCCAUUUCCCUUUUGCUCUCUUCUGAAACCAUCACGUUGCUUUUAUGCCCAGGAAUGUUGUUCACUUUCUUUCUACGUAUUUGAUGUAAAGAAAUCCAGCCGAGACCCUCGCCCCAUCCUCAAAGCCAGAAGUGCAGAGACCAGACACCGCAACCCAAGGAGUCGGGUUGACUGUAUUCUGAAUGUGACCGACACGUCUGUGAAAAGGAGACGCCAGCUCAGCUCUUCUCACGUCACGCUACAUCCCCAUCAAAGGUCAGCGCCCAGGGAGCCAAUGUACCCCCUGGAGUUCACUGGUGUUUCCAUUAAUUAACGGAAACUGGCCGGGGUCUGUGGGUGGGAUUUAGAUACCAAAACCAAGAACGCAGAUAACAGCUCAUUGGUGGAGGAGACUCGUCACAGGCUCAGCCAGCAGCGUGACAUGGUGCAUUGGGUUCCUAUUGAGAGCUGGCUCUACCGGGAUAGGUGGCCCAGCACGCAGAGUGUCUGAGCAGGUCCGAGGGGCCCCGGUCAGCGUACGAGAUGCCGGAUGCAGCCAGCCACCUGCCCUUCUUCUACGGCAGCAUUUCUCGGUCGGAGGCCGAGGAGUACCUCAAACUGGCCGGCAUGUCGGACGGCCUCUUCCUCCUACGCCAGUGCCUGCGUAGCCUCGGGGGCUAUGUCCUCUCCAUGGUCCACAACCUGCAGUUCUACCACUACCCCAUCGAGCGCCAGCUGAACGGCACGUACGCCAUCGCGGGGGGCAAGGCGCACUGCGGGCCGGAGGAGCUCUGCGAAUUCUACUCCAAGGACGCCGACGGGCUCUGCUGCACCCUCCGCAAGCCCUGCAACCGCCCCAGCAGCGUGGAGCUCCAGCCCGGCGUCUUCGACAGCAUGCGGGACAACAUGGUGCGCGAGUACGUCCGGCAGACGUGGAAAUUGGAGGGUGAUGCCCUCGAACAGGCCAUCAUAAGCCAGGCCCCUCAGGUCGAGAAACUCAUUGCCACCACUGCCCACGAGAAGAUGCCCUGGUACCACGGCAACGUCUCCCGGGAGGAGGCUGAACGCAGGCUCUAUUCCGGAGCACAGCCUGAUGGGAAAUUUCUACUGCGAGAAAGGAAGGAAAAUGGCACCUACGCGCUGUCCCUCGUCUAUGGGAAAACAGUGUAUCACUACCGCAUCGACCAGGACAAGUCCGGCAAGUACUCCAUCCCCGAGGGGACCAAGUUUGACACGCUGUGGCAGCUGGUGGAGUACUUGAAACUCAAGCCAGACGGAUUGAUAUAUUUCCUGAAGGAAAGCUGCCAAAAUCCCAAUAUGCCAGCAGCAACCGUGGCACCAAUCCCGCCGGCCCACCCCUCCGGAACCGCCCAGAGACACGUGGGGGCUCUUAACGCAGACGGAUACACCCCAGAGCCCAUAGGCUCAGGGAAAUCACGCCUCCUGCCCAUGGACACCAGCGUCUACGAGAGUCCCUACAGUGACCCAGAGGAGCUGAAGGACAAGAAGCUCUUCCUGAAGAGGGACCACCUGAUGAUUGACGAGGUGGAACUGGGGUCAGGGAACUUCGGCUGUGUCAGGAAAGGAGUCUACAAGAUGCGGAAGAAGCAGAUUGACGUGGCCAUCAAGGUGCUGAAGAGCAACAACGAGAAGGCCGUGAAGGAUGAAAUGAUGAAGGAGGCGCAGAUCAUGCACCAGUUGGACAACCCCUAUAUCGUCCGCAUGAUCGGGGUUUGCGAGGCAGAGUCCCUGAUGCUGGUCAUGGAGAUGGCCUCAGGCGGGCCUCUCAACAAGUACUUGUCUUCCAAGAGAGAGGAGAUUCCAGUGAGCAAUGUGGUAGAGCUGAUGCACCAGGUGUCUAUAGGGAUGAAGUACUUGGAGGAGAAGAACUUCGUCCACAGAGACCUGGCUGCCAGAAAUGUCCUGCUCGUCAACCAGCAUUAUGCCAAGAUCAGUGACUUUGGACUUUCCAAGGCUCUUGCUGCUGAUGACAGCUAUUACAAGGCCAGGACGGCUGGCAAGUGGCCCCUGAAAUGGUACGCGCCAGAGUGUAUCCUGUACCACAAGUUCUCCAGCAAGAGUGACGUGUGGAGUUACGGUGUGACCAUGUGGGAGGCCUUCACCUACGGGCAGAAACCGUACAAGAAAAUGAAAGGACCCGAGGUGAUCACUUUCAUAGAGCAAGGGAAGCGCAUGGAGUGCCCAGCAGACUGCCCGCCAGAGAUGUACAAGCUGAUGAUGCAGUGUUGGACCUACAAGUGGGAAGAUCGCCCAGGGUUUGCAGCGGUGGAAACCAUAAUCCGUUCCUAUUACUACAGUAUCGCCGCCAAGACAGAAAAGGGGCCAGAGGAGACGGAGGAGGACAAAGCAACAGCAGCUUUCCCCUGAGUCUUCCUCUCUGUGCCCAGAGGCGUCCUCGGCACAUGCGGGGUCUUGGUCUUUCGGGAAGGGAGCUGGAGAUGCCCUGGCUAGUUUGGGUUUGGUUUUCUCCUGCUGGUGCUUCUUGGGGAGUCACGGAACUGAGCCCUUCGGAAAGAACGGUGCUGGCUGGACUGGCGCGGCAAAGAGGAGGCUCCCAAGGGAACUCAGCCAUCGUUCAAUCUCUCGGCCGUGAUUUGCAGCCUUUGCUUGUGCCACCUGAGGGACUGGGCAGAACAGUACGGCAGCCCCCUCCUGCACACCGCCUAACCACCAUCCCCGACUCUUGGCCCUCAGCCCCGCCCUGUGCUCCCCCGGGGUUCCCCGCUUUGGCUCCCUCCUCCAUCUGCGCAUUGCAUGUCCCCUAACUCCCCCGAUUUGUUAUUGGGCUGAUUAUGGCCUUUCCGGUGAAGGGCGCACAGGGGUGGGGGGCAGAAGACAGGGAACCACAGCCCCUGCCCCAUGCACCUGGGCAGGAGGCUGCUGGCAUAUUGCACUCCCAGAGCACAGAAUGAGCUGUUGUAUGCCCCAAAGGAGCCUGGCUGGGGGACGGGCUGCCAGCCACUUCCACACCUGCUCCUUCCACACCUGCUAGCAGCACUGGGAGGUGGGCGCUGGGGAAGCGUGCACUGCUCUCAUUCCAUGGGAGGGGCGGGAACUGCCCGGGAGCCCACUCCCCCAUGCCUGCCACAGCCUCUGCAGGGCCGGCACCUCCACCAGGGCUGGCCAGAGCGUCUGUGGCCAGGCCAGUGAAACCUUUUUCCACCAGCUAAACCCCUUAGCUCCCUGUGCUCCCCUCCGGCCCCUGCCCUGGUACACGCCCCACCUUGACGAGUGUUGCUCUUUCUCAGCUGGAAGAUCUGCUGACCCUAUAAAUAAACCAGGCUCGUUCUUACCCUGAAA